AUGAACUUAGCUCAAGGACUUGAACAUACUGUAUUGGAAGUAAAAGAAAAUGAUCCAAUAGAUGGAACUCAAGCUACCAAAAUAAAGAUCCCAAAACAUUGUGGGGACUCUCUUGUUGAAAGGUUUGAUCACCACAAAAGGGUGCUUCUUCCACAAGCUAGCCAUGAGUGGAAGAAUUUAAGAUUUUCUAAUUUUAAGACUCUCAGUGAGUAUAAUUCAACAUUAUACCGAAUUGCAUCAAUGUUGAAAUAUUGUGAGCACCCGGUGACUGAUGCAGAAAUGAUUGAACUCACAUUAUCUACUUUUCAUCCAUUAAACAUUAUUCUGCAACAACAAUAUAGAGAAAGAAAUUUCAAAAGAUAUUCAAAUCAGAGUGUAGUACUCUCACUGGCUGAACAACAUAAUGAUCUUGUCUGGAAAAAUAAUAAUAUGAGACCUAUUGGAUCUCAAACUAUCCGUGAGACACACUCUACUAAAAUACAUGUGCCUGAAGCACAUGCUAUUGAAAAUAAAGGCCGUGGAAAUUAUAAUAACCGUGGUAGAGGACGCGGAAAUUUCUGA